CAAUGAUUUGGCAAGUUAAUUAGACCAAAAGAAAGCUUAAUUCUUAACUUUAUUUAAUAAAAAUAUAUCUUUUUGCAUUAUUUACUUAAGUUACGCCUCAUGUUUGGAAUAAAAGGUGCUUAGGUGUCAAAUACGUGUAUUAAAUUAAACCAAAGUGGGCGGAUCGACGAUCGUAAGCGUUAGAAUGUCGACCGCACCCGUCAGUAUCAAGUUCAAAUGGGGUCUCAGUGCAUCGGACCCUGAACAGAAACCAGUGUUUUUUGUAGGGCUCAGUACCCACCUCUCAGCUCUCAGCUGGCAGGAUGUUCGGUGCAAACUCGAGCCAAGAGUCUCUGAAGAGGUAUGGCGUAGAGGUCUAAGUGUAGCUUCGCCUGGUGAAAUCUGUGAGCUAUGGCCACGUGGAGCUGCACUGGGACUGCUCCCUCCGCGGCGCUCGCGACACGCUGCCCCAUCGCGCUCGCACGCCCUCUCCAAGCUAAUCCGGACUGCUAUUCGAUCUACUGGUGACGAAUCUGUUGUGCUGGUGUGCCGCAAGCGCGACGUGCUGGCGAGCGCCGUGGCCAUCGCGCGUGCCGUGCCGCUGUACAGCGCGCGCUCGGGGCCCGGCGCGCUGCCCGUCGCGCCCGCUCCCGCGCCCACCCCCGCGCCCGCGCGCCGCACGCUCACCGUGGAGAUACACAUCGCGCAGCCCGAGGGAGACUCUGAGGACGAAGAUAUUGGUCCUCUCGACCCAGUGCUUCUGGAAACCACCCUGUCCAGUGAGGAGUUGAGUACAAUACAAGAUGUAGCGGAUGCGACUCGACUUGCUGCGCGUAUCACGGACACGCCGGCUAAUAUUAUGGAUGUUGAUGCUUUCAUAGAGGAAGCCUGCAAAGUCGCCAAGGAUCUGGACAUAGCGGAGCCGACUAUCAUCCGUGGCGAGGAGCUGAAGGAGCGCGGUAUGGGUGGACUGUACGGGGUGGGUAAAGCUGCAGCGUGCCCUCCCGCUCUGGUGGUGCUGUCCUACGUCGCGCCCGGCGCCACCGAGACCGUGGCGUGGGUGGGCAAGGGCAUCGUGUACGACACCGGCGGUCUGAGCAUCAAGGCAAGGACGGCCAUGGUGGGCAUGAAGGGCGACUGCGGCGGCGCGGCGGGCGUGCUGGGCGCGUUCGCGGCGGCCGUGCGCGCGGGCCCGCGCUGCGCGCUGCACGCCGUGCUGUGCCUCGCCGAGAACGCCGUGGGCCCGCGCGCCACGCGCCCCGACGACGUGCACCGCCUCUACUCGGGCCGCUCCGUCGAGAUCAACAACACGGACGCCGAGGGUCGUCUAGUGCUGAGUGAUGGUGUGGUGUAUGCUCAGAGAGAUCUUAAGGCUGAUACCAUAGUGGACGUAGCCACUCUCACUGGAGCUCAGGGCACGGCGACCGGCAAGUACCACGCGGCGGUGGUGAGCAACGCCAGCGCGCUGGAGCAGCGCUGCGUGCGCGCCGGGCUGCUGGCGGGCGACCUGGCGCACGCGCUGCCCUUCGCGCCCGAGCUGCACUUCUCCGAGUUCAGCAGCGCCGUCGCCGACAUGAAGAACAGCGUCGCGGACCGCAACAACGCCCAGCCGUCGUGCGCGGCGCUGUUCGUGUUGGCGCACCUCGGGUUCGACUUCCCCGGUCAGUGGCUGCACGUCGACAUGGCGGCGCCUGCCCACUGCGGUGAACGUGCAACAGGAUAUGGGGUGGCUCUCCUCACCGUGCUCUUCGGGUCCAUGACCCGCAGUCGCUUGCUGCAAGCUCUCAGUCCGAACAACUGACGAAAGUACAAGCUCACCACCUAUCAAGUGCGCGGCUUAUAGUACACUAAGCUGUUAGCUAGGAUGGUAUUAUGAACUAAUGAGCAAUAUGAAAUAUGUAAGAUCUAACAUCUACUUAUAGAAUUAAAAAUCACCUAACCGUAAUGUACUAUCGAAUUUUUUUGUCGUUUCUGAAGUUUUUUUUUUGAAUACAUUUUUGCUAAUUUUCAAAGACACUUGAUCAGUAACAUUUGUUUUCUGUCUGCCGUAAUUUACCCGUGGCUAAUUUUUGUAUAUUUCUGUUUAGAAUUCUCAGAAACAGUCUGCAUUUUGGAAUUUGACAGCGUUAAGCCAUUAGUCCUAUAACUGCUCUCUCUGGUUAUUUCUGAUGGCUAUUCCAUUAAAUUAUGAGAGUUAAGGAAUAGCGUUUGCACAUGUGCAACACAGGUACAAUAAUGCAAACACAGGCUGUGAUGCAUAACACACUUGCACACAAUAAUUCCUUCUUAUUCCACCACUGACCGGAACCCAUCAGUAUAAUAUGAAUUAUCAUUCAGACUCGAUAGUCUGAAAUCUAUAGAAUACUAGAAGUAUAAAAAGUUUGAUAGUAUAUUAUUAUAUGUUCGUAUAAAUAGCUAGUUUGACAAGUACAAGAACUCAAUGAUUCAAUAGUGUUAUGUAAAAUACAGCUAGUGAAGUUUUUAAUAUCUAAAAUGUAACGAAGAAAUUUUUAAAUAUUUAAUUUUUAGUUUAAAACAAACUUGUGUAUAUCCCAGUAUUGUAAAGCUAUGAAGUUAAAUCAAUUAUUAACGUCUCUUUUAGUAUAUCUCUUUCGUUAUGUUUUCGUAAUAUCAUUUUGGCAACAUACUUUUAUACAAGAUAUUAUUCAUCUGUAAUUUAUAAUUGGUUUCCUUUUCAAUAGUAUUAAACACUACGGAUGUACCGACGCUACUACGAAACUAUUUAUCAAAUUAUGUUUUGAUCUGAUAUCUACUGUUAAUAGUUUGAAAUUGUAUAUUAAAAAUAUAUUUUGUCAUCUGAUAUAUUAUACUAUAUACAAUAUAUACAAGCAAACAAUAUCAUAAUAGGUAUUAUUGUUUAAAAUAUAAAUGGUAAACUAAUCAUUAUUCAUUGUUUAAAAUUGUUAUAUAUGUAAUCAUUUUGUAAGUAAUAAAGUGCUUGUUGGUGAAUCUAAUAAUUAUAGUACAUAGAUUAAAUAGUUUUCACAGAUUAAAUAUGCCAUAGCUGAUAUAGGUAUACUAAAAUUAUUAUUAAAAUAUCCCGACUGUUGAGUACAUAGUAUGUACAUAAAUAAACAUAUUAGUACUGUUUAGUAUCAGAUGUAAGCGUUUUCCAUGUUGGUCGGUCGGAAAUCAGGCAAAAGUAGUCGAUUUUUGUUAUUUUAUACACUUUUACAUCCAUGAAUCGGCGAGCCUAACUUCAGGCCGGCCAAUUUAGAUCGCGCGUAAUUUACAAAUAAUGUAUAGCAAUAAUGGUUACAUUACCUCCCUUAAUUAAGACGUAGUCGGGUAGAAAUUAACAUCAAACUGAGAAUAUCUUACCAAAAUAACAGAUGUGUUCAAAUAAUUACUAAUCGCCUUGAAUCGUUUAGCAGAUGUAGCUAUGAAUAGGAUAUGCUUUUAGAUUAAUUAUUAAAGUGAUCAAUGUUAUUGGCGUAGCAAUCUUUUGGGUGUAGUGCUGACAUUUCGAUACGGAAAAGGUCACACUUUGUAAUUAACAGGGUGGCUGUUCUGCUAAUAAAUUGACACUUAAUCGAAUCGAAACGAUAGUUAUCGUUCAGCCGUUUUCCUAUUCAACUAACGCAAAGCUCCAGCUGCGGUUCGGUCAAAUUUGGAUUAUGAGAAUCGGUCCUCAGUUACGACGAAACUGAGGUUAUUUUUUUGUAAGGAAUAAUUGAAGUUGGAUCGAAAUAGAGUCGGGAACGUUCAAAACCGUUUAGUUAUUAGAAUUGACCCCAAGAACUGUUUUGAAAUUUGUAAUAUUCCUAUGUCAAUCCUAACUGGUCUGACUGAUCAUCAUGACAUUUUUACACACUCGUUGUAUUGGGGUAUAGACUUAUAACGUAACACCAGCACAACAGGCAGACGAAUCCGCGGUCGGAAAAAAGUGAAAAUAACAUAGCAUGAGACUUUGAAGUACUACAUUCAAACUAAAUUUUGAUAUAAAGGAAAGGUCUCUGAAAUAAAAUUUUGUAUAAAACUAUUUUGUUCAGGUGAAGACACAAAUUUAAGUCCGAUUUACAAGUAUAACGCUCCAGCUACGCCAAUAAUUAUGAUUUAAAUUAAUUUAGUUCAAGUAAUUGAUUUUUAUAUUAAUGUAGAAAAUCAGAAAUCGAUUUAAGCAAUAAAUAAAUAAUUUGUAAGCUAAGAAGGUAUUUUAAUUCGGGUUUU